ACAUACACAAAAAUCUCUUUUUUUUCCAGUUUACAAACACGGAGUGAUGUUGUGGAUUUUUCUGCUCUACUUUAUACCCGCGUAUAAUGCAUCUGUCAAAAUGAUAACCCAUCAUAGAGCACUUAUGACGUGUAAUUCCACAGAAUAUUCAAUAACUGAGACAUGGCGGGAUUGUAUUGAAUUGUGUGCUCACAAUGAUUCCUGUGUGAUUGCUCAAACAAAUCUGACAGUGCCAAAAGAAUGUCAAUGGUGCAGUAUUCAAAAUCUUAUGUAUAUUCAGAAAAGGUUCAGUGCAAAUAAUAAUAUGAUAAUCGCGUUAAAAACGGACACAAUAAACGAGAUAACUGAAAGUGUAUGUACUCCUUUUGAACAAGGAAUUGUUAAUGGAAAUUUCAACAAUACCUCCAAUUUGACGCAGUAUAAAUAUUCAGCGCAACCUUCUGAGGAUGGAAAUUUUCUACAUUUUUCCUACAGUGCUAUAAAAAGUUGUCCUUCUGAAUGGGAGCCCUUUGACAGAAUCCGUGGCGGUUGGUGUAUUAAAGUUUUUAGACAAGGUGGUAGUCAUGAUGAUGCACAUAGAGCUUGUAAAGAAUAUAAUGCCGUUUUGACUAGACUGGAAACACCUAAGGAAAUGGAGUAUGUUUGGAACACUGCUUAUUCCGUAGAAGCUAUAUUUCAAAAACCUUCGUGGGAAGUAUAUCUAGAAACUGUAUGGAUAGAUGGUGUUAGAAAAAAUGAAUGUCAAGUUCCUAACUGGAAAUCAAUAGAGGGUUGUGAUGGUUUGGACGGAUUUGAAUUUGAGGAUAAAUUUAUAUCGAAGAAAGGAGGAUACACUUGGUCGGACAAAAAUCCAGACAGGUUGGAUAAUGUCCAGGAUUGUCUUGUGUUGUGGAUCAAUCCAAACGAUAAAGAAGUGGACGAUGAUGCAUGUGGAUCAAACGCAAAAAUCAAAGGAUUUGCUUGUGGGAAAGAAGCUGGAUAACUUUGAGUUUAUGUUCAGCUGUGUGAUUGAGAAUAAUUCAUUCUGCAUAAAGCUCUAUCUGUUGA